GGUAUACAGGCUUCAUAUACUCAUCUAGCUUCACAUCGCCUGUAAGCCUUUCAUAUAAUGUUUUAUUCCUGUGGGACGACGCACCGGGUUUAUCAAGCAAACAACGAGUGAUCUACUUAGUGUAUUUUGUUUUUAAAGAGAAUUUAGUUGUUUUAUUCAAGCCAGCAUAUUACGACACGUCAUGUGAUUGGACAUCACGAAGUCAUCACUUCUUUUGAUUGGACAGCAAGACGUCAAGAUUUCAAACACCAAGGAAACAAGAUGGCAGAUAGAAUUCACAGACCGUAUUUCGAUUUCAGUGAAGAAUUAAAUUUCUUUUGGACUAGCCUAAUUUUACUACUGUUUGUGUCCAUGGUCACAGUUCUCCGAUACGUAUUUUUAACUUCCCUUAUAACCUGCUGGACUCCGGCCCAGUUUGCAUUGCAACACAAUGUUUACACUCAUCAAGAAUGCUGGAAUCAAGACCGUGUCAUGGUAGAUGGAUUUGAUAAUUUAAUGCCAGACCACGAAUUUCGACCCAAUUCGUUCAAUGAUAAGACGUUUCAUCGAUGGAUUCCGAUAGUUCUUGUUUUCAUGAUGUUAGGAUUCCAGAUACCACGUGCUUUUAAGAUCAUGACGGAUCUGCUUUUAGGAUCACCGACCGCCAUGGUGAGAGAAGACAUUGGUACUGAUCCAAGAACAGACAGAGCCCAAGAACUGGCCGAUACAAUUAAAGAAGCCGGAGAGAGGAACCGAGUUAUUCGUACGAUGAUAUUUUUUCUGGUCAAAAUUCUCGUGGGCCUCAACAUCAUCAUUCAGAUGUCAUUUGUCAAGUGGUAUUUCCGGGAUUCUGUGCAAAUUAUUGGUCGUAAUAAUGAAACCGUUGUCACUCCUGUCCAUAUGUUUCCUAAAACAAUCAGGUGCCAUUUCGAAAUACGACAAAUGCACAACGUCCAUGACUACGACGUACAAUGCAAGAUGCCGGUCAACUAUUUACUUGAACAGUUUCUUUAUAUUUUCUGGUUUUGGCUUUUGGGCGUUGGUAUUUACACUGGCCUCGUUUUCAUCACCCAGUUGGCAUCGCUUAUUAUCCCGCCGUUUGUCAGGCUUCGGUUCCGCGGAAUUAUUCCAGAUAAAGAUCUGAGUCAAAGAGGUUUUUGUUUCGACGAUGCGUUGCUGUAUUUGUCGGAUAUUGAGCAUAGUUCAGGAUUAAGCAUGGCCAGAGAAGUUGCUGUCAAAUUAUGGAUCUCGCCACCACUCGUUCAGCCAGGAAUUGGGGCGCAUAACCCGCAUAUUGUUCAAAAUCCGGUUCGUCAGGAUGUUCUCAAAACGCUAUAAAGCUGUUCGAUUCGAUAUCGGUUAUUGUGUUUAACGUGUAAAGGCAGUUCUCAGCUGAGCUCCAUGGAAAGCCAUUAUUGUAUUUUUAACCGGAUUCUGGUUUUUAAUUUAACGUAGGUUGUCUUUCCUAAUGGGAUAGGUUAACUGAAUUUCGAAAUCUUAAAAUUUAUAAUCCUAAAUUUAUAAAAUCUUAAAUUUAGAAAUAUUGAAAUUAAAAAUCUUGAAUUUAGAAAUCUACAAUUUUCAAAUCUAUAAUUAAUUUUGAAAUCGUGAAUUUAUAUGUAAUGACGUCAUGAUGGAGUAUUGUAUGUUUUUAUGUUACUGAUAGUGUCGUUAUGUCUUUAAUAUAAUCUGAUAUUUACAUAUGACGUCAUGAUGAAAUGAAAUGGGGUUUAACGUCCUACUGUUACGUCAUGAUGAUGUUAUUUGGAAAUAUACCAUGUUUUUAUAGUGACCUUAUGUUGAAGUAUUUGAUGUGUUGAUAUUGACGUCAUGUUGAAAUGUUGCAUGUUUUAUAGCAGUUGAUACCAGGGCUGGCUGAAGGGUUCUAAGCCCUAAAAAGGGUAGAUCAAUUGGGUUGAAACUAACCAACCACAUUAUAAUACGAGUGCUAGCUUAAACGUGCUAAGCCUGAAAAGGAUAGAUCAGUUUGGUUGAAACUUUUUCCACCAACAAGAUAAGUAGAAUCAUUGACUGAAUGGUAGACAUAAGAACUGCAACUGUAAUGUCUUUAUUGUCUUUACACCAAACCAUCUUGUGAACCUACCCACAGAAAUGGAGAAAACUGGCUAUACGCCAUUCAUCAAAUAACUGCAACUGAAAGGAAUAACCCCAACACAGAUACAUGGCGACAUGGUAUCCACUUUAGGGGAUGAUACCUCUUCCUUUUACACGGUAAGGAAGUUAAGCGUGGCAGAAAGAGCCUUGACGAUGACCCGCGACCUCCAAGGCCAUCAACAGCAACCAUUCAAGAAAACAUAACCCAGGUGCAUGCCAUGGUGAUAAAUUAUCGACGAUUGACCACUUGAUAUAUUUCUCAGUAUUGUGGGCAUCUCUGAUGAGGGGUUGAGUACAAUAUCUCCACCGAGUUAGGACUUACAAAAGUUUGUGCAAGAUGCGCGCCAUAGCUCUUGACUGCAGAUUAGUUAUGUUGCAUGUCAGGAGUUAUACGAGUGACUUUUGACCCUAUGAUGUCAAACAUUUGAUUAACCAACCCGAGUUGAUGUUUCUAGUAGGAUAUCCACAAUUCCGUGAAUCGCGCGCCAAGAACUCGCUGCAACAGAUCGUUUCAUAGGCUAAUCCCUCACAUCAACCAGAACGCAGGUUAUAUAGCAACUCUUCCAGAUUCUAGUGUAGUAAAGACAAGUAAAACGAAAUUUUGAACUAUGAAAAAAUCGAAACGAAAUAGGAUCUGUGUUAUAAUCAGACUGGGGUGACUGUAGAAAAAUUCUUUCUGAACGGCAUCCAGGUCUUGCAACAUCGUUGGCAAAAGUGUGUACACCUCGAAGGGGGAACUAUUUAGAAAAAUAAAUGGAAACCAUCGACUUCGUACAGGUCUUUCACAGAUAGGCAUAGACCUUUUCACCCAGCCCUUGCAUUUACUGAUAAUGACGUCAUGUUGAAAUAUUUGAUAUCUGUUGAUGUUUUUAUAUGAGAUAAUGACGUCAUGUUGUAGUAUUGCAUGUUUUUUUUUAUAUUAUUUGUUAUUUAGUUAUAAUGGCGUCAUGUUGACGUAUUGCAUGUUUUUAUAUAAUUUGAUAUUUCGUAUAAUUAUAUACUAGCAUGUUAAACGUUUAAUAAUAAAUAGUUAUUCAUCAGUUCA